UCAGAGACAAGCAUAUUAUGCUCUUAUCACAGAUGGACAACCUGACAUUCAAAUACAGUGUGCUACUGAUGGAGGAACUGCAAGUAACACCUCAGUCAAGCUUUGCUGCAUUUAUCCUUCUUUUGAUGAUUUACAUAUUUAUAAUAAUAUCUAACAUUGGGAUAAUGAUUCAGAUCUCAACAGAAAAAAGUUUACACCAGCCUAUGUAUGUUCUUCUCUGCAACUUGACACUGAAUGAUGUAUUGGGGACAACUGCUCUUGUGCCACGUUUGUUGAAGGAUUUUUUAACAAACCCUUCUGAGCGCUACAUCACAUAUGUGGAGUGUGUUAUUCAAGCUUAUUUUUUACAUUUGAAUGGUACAGCAUCUCACGCUGUGAUAAUAAUCAUGGCCUUUGAUAGGUAUGUGGCCAUAUGCAAUCCACUGCGAUACCCAACUAUAAUGAGCAAUAAUAUGGUGGUUAAACUGUCAGCAGGAGCCUGGGGUGCUGCAGUAGUGAUGGUGGGAAUUCUGAUCGGCCUCAGUGUGCGUCUGUCUCACUGCAGAUCUGUGAUUCAAAACCCCUUUUGUGACAAUGCUUCAAUAUUUAAACUGUCCUGUGAAAAUACAGUGAUUAAUAAUGUAUAUGGAUUAACUUUUACUGUGGUUUUAUUUUCCUCCUCAAUAGGUAGUGUGGCAUUAACAUACCUCAAAAUAGCGAUGAUCUGCUUUAAAAGCAAAAACAAAUCAACCAACAGUAAAGCCAUUAAAACCUGCAGCACUCACUUGACUGUUUAUAUAAUCAUGCUGGUCUCUGGAUCUGUUUCGAUUUUUCUCCAUCGUUUCCCUGUAUAUGCUGAAAUUAGGAAAACAUCUGUUACAAUGUUCCAUGUUAUUCCACCAGUCUUGAAUCCUAUAAUAUAUGGUUUACAAACAAAGGAAAUUAGACAACGGCUCUUUAAGUUUUUUAGAAAUAAAGUUAUUACAAAGUGAUUUCAUUUAUUUAUUCAUGUCCACAAAAGAACUCUACUCCACAGUUAGCAUGUAUGGUAAAUAUAUUUCAACAGAAAAACAAAGAAAAGAAAAAAAAAAAUACUGUAAUUCACAUACAGAUGUUAUCACAUAAGCAGCAGAUAAUGUAAGCUUGGAUUAUGUAUUAGAGAAGAGGCAUUAAUGAGAGUUGAUGAGAGUGACCAUGUGGUCAUUGGCAAAGUUUUGAGUUUUAAUAAAGGCUAAAAAGAUUUAACAGGUCAUCAUAAUUUAAUUACACCAUCCUUUUUGUCUUUUCAUUUGGUUUAAUAAUAAUAAUAAUAAACUCCACAAUUAAGCAAUAUCAACCAAGAAACAGUUCGGAUGUGCAAAUAUGUUUACACAGAACACAAAGGAAUUCUAAAUGUUGCUGAAUCAUUAAAAAACAUGCUUAAGAGAAAAAAAGCUAAAUAAAUCAAGGUAACAUUGAUAGGCAGAAGUUCUAAAGGCAGCUUUUAUUUAAUUUACUUACCAUUAAUACUUACUAAAACUGGUGCAUGGAAGAACAACCAGUAAACCAUUGAAUAGGACAUGUAGAUUGGAAAAGUUUUUGGGGCAGACCUGACCUGUUGAAAAGAGAUGGUAUUCAUCCCUCUUGGGAUGGUGCUGCUUUUCACUCUAGUAAUAUGGCACAUAGUCUUGGAACUGAAACAUGACAAACUGGGGCCCAAGUCAGGAAGCAGACAGACUGGCUAAACCAACUGUCUGCUAGCUGCCUCACGUUACAGAAGUCAGAUAAUU